UCAAUUACUAUAAUUUUUGAAUGUCAAGGAGGAAAAAAAAAUAUCAAAUGAUCCAAUUUAAAAAAUUGUGAGAUUGAGUACCAAAAUUGUCAGUUAUAUAUCUUAAGACUUAUAAGUUUGAAAUAGAUUUUUUCAUAACAUUAAGAAAAUUUGAAUUUUCAACGUUCGUUGUGAACAGUUUGUAGAUUUGAAAUGAAUAAUGACAAAAUUUAUGCAUAUAAUAAUAGGUCGGUGGGUUGCUCUGCUCCAAUUUGUUUUGUAUAAAUAGGUGGGUAUGCAUUACAAUGGCUUUCACUAAUCCUCUUCUUCUUCCCUACUUGUUAUUUUGUUCCGGCGACGGCAAGUGAUUCCUUUUCUGAAAAAUGUCGGAGAAGAAAGCAUCUGAUGGCUCAUCUUUUUCCUUCACUUCUGAUCUCUUCGGGAUCAGAGACACUUCUUCGCUCUCUUCUAAUCACAUUUUUGGCCCUGUUUUCUCUUCUUCUUCUUCUUUCAAGGCCUCCCAGAACUCCGAAGUCGGUGGUAAAUCACAUGCUGUUUCGUACUCCCCCAAAACUGGCAGUUCCAAAUAUAAGGAAUGCAAGAAUGGGAGCACAUCAAGCAGAGAGGUGGGUUCGUUUUAUCAAGAACAGAGAACAAACCCAUGUCAUCUUAGUUCUUCAAUCUACUAUGGCGGUCAGGAUAUCUAUACUGAUCAAAAUCCGGGAACUGGGUUCAACUCUUCUUUGAAGAGAGAUGGGGGAGAAGAUGAUUCUGGUGGUGCUUCCAGAGGAAAUUGGUGGCAAGGGUCUCUUUACUAUUAAGAAUCUCACCCUGCCAUCAAGGUUUUACUACAAAUCCUUUGGUUAACAGCAAAUCUUAAGCUCAAAAUGCAAGUUAAAUUAGCUAUUUGAUCCUCUUAUUCACAUGCUCUUUUGCAGAUGCAAGAUACAUUCUAUUACCAUUAAUAUAAUAUAUGGAGAUCAAUUAUACAGGAUUUUACCAGCCAAAAUGAUAGUCAGGACGUCUAAUUUUAAAGUUAGAGAGGUUCAAAAUUUUAUACGUAACAUUUGUGGAUGUUACACUAUCAUGAUAUUGGUUAUUAACAUCAUUCCAGCAAAGAACUAGAAUGUUGUUUAUCAAGUUGUAUUUGAAGUCUGUAUAUAAUAUAUAUAUAUAUAUAUUUGGUAAGAAAUGGAUAUGAAGACGAGGGAAUCUGGAAUUGUUUGCGCAUAA